AUGGAGCUGAAAAACUGCACCAGGGUCAAAGAAUUUAUUUUCCUUGACCUAACCCAGAAUCAAGAACUGAACUGGGUCUUAUUUCUUUUCCUACUUUGGGUGUAUGUGACAACUCUGCUGGGAAAUCUCCUCAUCAUGGUCACGGUGACCUGUGAAUCUUGCCUUCACACCCCCAUGUAUUUUUUGCUCCGUAAUUUGUCUAUUGCCGACAUCUGCUUUUCCUCCAUCACAGCUCCCAAGGUUCUGGUGGACCUUCUGUCACAGAGAAAGACCAUCUCCUUCAAUGGCUGCUUCACUCAGAUGUUUUUCUUCCACCUUGUUGGAGGGGUGGAUGUAUGUUCUUUGUCGGUGAUGGCAUUUGAUCGCUAUGUGGCCAUCUCCAAGCCCCUGCACUACGUGACCAUCAUGAGCAGAGGGCGAUGCACUGCCCUCAUUGUAGCCUGCUGGCUGGGGGGCUUUGUCCACUCCAUCGUGCAGAUUUCCCUGUUGCUGCCCCUCCCCUUCUGUGGACCCAAUGUUCUUGAUACUUUCUACUGUGAUGUCCCCCAGGUCCUCAAACUCGCCCAUACUGACAUUUUUGUGCUUGAGCUGCUGAUGAUUUCCAACAGUGGGCUGCUCACCACACUGUGGUUUAUCUUCCUGCUUGUGUCCUACACAGUCAUCCUAAUGACGCUGAGGUCUCAGGCAGGGGAGGGCAGGAGGAAGGCCAUCUCCACCUGCACCUCACACAUCACUGUGGUGACCUUGCACUUUGUGCCCUGCAUCUAUGUCUAUGCCCGGCCCUUCAAUGCCCUCCCCACAGAUAAGGCCAUCUCCAUCACCUUCACUGUCAUCUCCCCUCUGCUGAACCCCUUGAUCUACACUCUGAGGAACCAGGAGAUGAAGUCAGCCAUCAGGAAACUGAGAAGAAGAUGUGUACCUUCUGAGAGGAUAUAG